AUGCCUGGUCUUCCAUACUCUGUUCCCUCGAACUAUGUGAUCCGUCUCAUCGAGACCGACCCUCUCGCCGCCAGCCUCGGCCAACCAGAGCACUUGGUGCAGCCUCACCCGUCGCAGCCGUCGCAUUUUCAGUUCCCGCGCACCUCGCUGCACCAAGCGACGCUGCAGUCACAUUUCAAGGGACCCCAUGCGCCCAGCAGCGUGCUGGCGCCAAAGUCCGGCACCGCGUUCGCCCCAGCCACCGACAUCCGCGAGUCGCUGCGCGCGUACCACAUUGAGAUCGAGACGCCGGGCGUCACCGAGGAGAACAAGAGCGACCUCGUCAUCACGUGGAUGAGCCCGCACACCUUGCUCGUGCAGGGCAUCGCCACCCGACCGAAGAAUAUCGGAUUGAUGGAUCAGGAGGAAGGACAGAGAGUGUGGGAGGGCGAGGGCGAGGGAUGGGCCGCCGAGGCGGGACAUGGCAAGCCCCAGGAAGACACUGACGGGGGCCCAAUCCAGCGCGAAAAGUCCCGCGAGACGAUGGAGGAGGAGGCGCUGUCGGACACGACGCCGACAAUCCUGCUCUCGGAGCGCCGCGUGGGUGCGUGGCGCCGCACCUUCACCCUGCCCGAGGACGUCGAGAUGAAAGAGCUCAAAGCCCGGCUGGAAGGCGGGUUGCUGCGCAUCGACCUGCCCAAGCGCAGCCUCGAGGAUAUGGCGGCGCUCAAGGGCGCCGGCGUGAGGAUCGAGAUCGAAUAA